CCCCUAUUCCAGCGCUUUUCUCACACAGUAAUCCAACUGUCUAUAAUACGAAGAAUAUAGAGAGGAUUAUGAAGAUCGAGAGAAUCCUACUACUCCUACUACUACCAUAACACAAAGUCGAAAUGGCAUCCAAUACUCCACCACAACACCCUCCUUCGCCCUCUUCGCCCUCAUCUACAAAAUCAUCUAUAUCAAAACCUCAAUCCCCAAGCUCAAGCUCCACAGCAUCAACAUACACGAGCUCCCCAUCAUCGCCAGCCCAAAACCCCCGAAGCUCAACGCCCAGUCCACCCUCCAGCUCCUCCCCGCAUCUCAGCGCAAACUUCGCCUCCCCGCAGUCCCACCAGGUCGACUACGACCAUGAAGUCUACCUCCGGCUGAUCGCCGGCGAGAACUCCACGAAAACUCCGAAUCAGAUCUAUCGCGAGAAGCUCGUCCGGAGGCAAACUACUCGUGCUCUGGAUCUGGCGGUGCUGGAUCCCGUCGGGCAGCAGAAUCCGAGUCCGGUGGAUUUGGAGUGGGCGGAGAGCUUGAGGGUUCGGGAUCGGUUGGUAGGGGGUUAAAUUGGGGUUUUCUGGGUUGACUUUCAGGUGAAAGGGAGAGAGAACGAGGUGGGAGAAGAAGAGAUUCGGGGGCUGUACAUUUAUACUGUCGCGAGGAGGUGGCAGCUUUCUCUCCGUCGAUGUCCUGGACGAGAUCUAGGAGGGAGAUGGGAAGCCUGGGCAGAGGUGAGACAUUUGUGAGACAUUAACUUGAUGAGUCGUCGAGAUCAUUCAUAAACUUAGCCAUAGUUAUUUUCCCC